UCACUGCAGGGUGGGAGUGGGCUGUCAGCACAGACUCUUGGACCGAGCUCUGGAUCUGCACCUCCUGGGGACAGCCUGCAAGCGAGCCUCCCACCUCUGAGGGUGCUGACAGCCCAGCCAGCAGGAAGGGGUUAACACGCCCUGUGCUUCCUCCUGUGUCCUGUUACUGCUGAGGCAGACCUGCCCGGCCAGCUGAGCAACUUUCCUCCUGAGUACUGCCUGCUGGCUGGGCAUCCAGGAGAGCGGCGGACAAGAGGCAGAGCUGCAGCCCAUUCUGGGGACCUGCCGCCACCCUUCUGAGGGGUCUGUGCCUCCUGGGGGAAGGUGGGUCUCCUAGUCGAGAGUCUGUGGUGGAUGGCUCUGGGGGCGCUCCCGAAGCUGUGCCGUGCCCGUGCCGCGCAGGUCGGAGGGUCACUGCAGAGGCUGCUCGUGGUCCCGGGGCUGGGGCCAAGGGAGCCUGCACCGGAGCCCACCGGUUAGAGAGGUAAAGACAGGUCUGAGUCACUAGUGAGGGGGAGGACAGGAGUUAAACUACUGUUGGCUGUGGCAUCCCCACAGAAGACCUGCCACUGGCUGGAUGGAAAGACAACAGACAAGGUCUCUGGUCUCAGCUCAGCCGUCACCUCCUCUGGGAAGUCUCCCCUGAUUUCCCUAGCUUGGGUACUCCUGUGCUCCUCUGUGCUCCCACACUGGGCUAUGAUUGUCUGUAUCCUCUCAGUUGGACGCGGGUGUACCAGGACUUGUGCCGUGUGGCUGCCAUAGUGCUUGGCUCAGAGAAAGCCCCAGAAAACAGACCCAUGUGGAACCCAAGGACGCAGCCGCCUUGCUGAGAGCACGGCGGCCCAUCCUUGGAAACCGUGACCUCGCGUCGAAGACGGUGGCCCUCGGCCCUCCACUUCCGGCUGGGGCGGGGGGCACCCAUCUCCAAGUCCCCAGCCAUGACGACCUCAGCGCUGCGGCGCCAGGUGAAAAACAUCGUGCACAACUACUCUGAGGCAGAGAUCAAGGUGCGAGAGGCCACCAGCAAUGACCCAUGGGGCCCGCCCAGCUCUCUCAUGUCGGAGAUUGCCGACUUGACCUUCAACACGGUGGCCUUUGCUGAGGUCAUGGGCAUGCUGUGGCGGCGGCUCAAUGACAGCGGCAAGAAUUGGAGGCAUGUGUACAAGGCACUAACACUGCUGGACUACCUGCUCAAGACGGGCUCAGAGCGGGUGGCCCACCAGUGCCGCGAGAACCUCUUCACCAUCCAGACACUCAAGGACUUCCAGUACAUCGACCGUGAUGGCAAGGACCAGGGCGUCAACGUGCGUGAGAAGGUCAAGCAGGUGAUGGCCCUGCUCAAGGAUGAGGAGCGACUCCGGCAGGAGCGGACCCAUGCCCUCAAGACCAAGGAGCGCAUGGCACUGGAGGGCAUGGCCAUGGGCAGCGGGCAGCUGGGCUUCAGCCGCCGCCAUGGCGAGGACUACAGCCGUUCGAAGGGUUCCCCAUCCUCAUACAACUCUUCCUCCUCAUCUCCCCGCUACACCUCAGACCUAGAGCAGGCCCGGCCCCAGACUUCUGGAGAAGAGGAGCUACAGCUGCAGCUGGCCCUGGCCAUGAGCCGUGAGGAGGCUGAGAAGCCGGUCCCCCCAGCCUCCCACAGGGAUGAGGACCUGCAGCUGCAGCUGGCUCUGCGUCUGAGCCAGCAGGAGCACGAGAAGGAGGUGAGGUCCUGGCGGGGAGAUGAUUCCCCCAUGGCCAAUGGUGCUGGGGCUGCAGUCCACCGUCGGCGGGACAGAGAGCCCGAGAAAGAAGAGAGAAAGGAGGAGAAGCUGAAAAACAGCCAGUCCUCCAUCCUGGACUUGGCAGACAUCUUCGCGCCCGCCCCGGCCCCGCCCUCCACACACUGCUCUGCUGACCCAUGGGACAUCCCAGGUCUCAGGCCCAACAUAGAGCCCGCUGGCUCCUCCUGGGGGCCUUCUGCAGACCCCUGGUCUCCAGUCCCCUCAGGAAGCAUCCUGUCCCGAAGCCAGCCGUGGGACCUGCCCCCUACACUCUCCUCCUCUGAGCCCUGGGGCCGGACCCCAGUGCUGCCAGCCAGACACACCACCACAGACCCCUGGGCACAGAACUCCCCCCACCACAAAGUCCCGAAUACUGAGACUGACCCUUGGGGGACCUUGGUGGAGACCUCCAACACACCUGCUCCAGGUGGUACCUCAACUUUUGAUCCAUUUGCCAAACCUCCAGUAUCCACAGAGACCAAGGAGGGGCUGGAGGGUGCCCAGGCCCUGCCCUCUGGGAAAUCCAGCAGUCCUGUGGAGCUGGACCUGUUUGGAGACCCCAUCCCCAGUUCCAAGCAAAAUGGCACCAAGGAGCCAGAUGUCUUUGACUUGGGUGUCGUGGGGGAAGCACUAACCCAGCCCAGCAAGGAGGCCCGAGCUGGCACUCCUGAGUCUUUCCUGGGCCCCUCAGCCUCCUCCUUGGUCAACCUUGACUCCUUAGUCAAGACGCCCCAGGCUGCAAAGACUCGGAACCCCUUCCUGACAGAUCUCAGCGUACCAUCCCCCACCAACCCGUUCGGUGCGGGCGAGCAGGGGAGGCCGACCCUGAACCAAAUGCGCACCGGGUCGCCGGCGCUGGGCCUGGCGGUUGGCGGGCCAAUCGGUGCGCCCUUGGGCUCCAUGACCUACAGCGCCUCCCUGCCCCUCCCACUCAGCAGCGUGCCGGCCAGCAUGACCCUCCCCGCCUCGGUCAGCGUCUUCCCGCGGGCGGGUGCCUUCACGCCGCCGCCCGCGAGCCUGCCGCCGCCGCUACUGCCCACGUCAGGCUCUGCUGGGCCGCUCCACCCCGCCGCACAAGCUGGCACCAAUCCUUUCCUCUGAGCACCGCCCGGCCUGGGGCACCCGGCGCAUGCGCGCGAAGUCCCGCACCACGGCGCUGGACCCCGCCCCGCUAGGCGCACGGCAGGGCGGGGCUUCCAUACAGGGCCCCGCCCCGGGAAGCCCAAAACUGCUGAGACUCCGCCCAGAGGCCCGCACGGAUGCUGGUCCUGGCCCCCGCAGAUACUUGGCCGCUCCAGGAGCUGGAGACUGACGACUUCCCAGGGGCUGAGAACACGCCCCCGUAAUAAAGACUGGAACCCACGGCCUCAGCUCUCACCAAGUGGACUUUUUACGGGACGUGGCAGCCGCGUUUGGACAACAGCACGAAUCACCGGCUGCCGUGGACACAACUGCUCCACAAUGUGGGGCACAAAAAUGGUCCCACUUCCCGCACAACCUCAGCCUGGCACCUUCGCUUCCAUAUGCUCUCCAGGCUCUCACUCAUUCAAUCAUUUCAUUCAUUUAUCACACAUAGGCGCUGGGGAUGAUCUAAUAGCAAGGAACAAUAGGCAGUUGUUCCCAUUUAUUGCACAUUCAUUAUGUGCUAAGCACUUUAGACAGAUUAUUUCAUUUAACCCUUGCAACAACCCUCUGAGGUAGAUAAUAUUACUCCCAUUCAAUACUGGCUAAUUUGUGAGGCCCAGUGCAAAAUGAAAAUGUGGGGCCCCUUGUUCAAAAUUGGGUUAAGAAUUUCAAAAUAGGGGCAGCAGAGCACUAAACCAACUGCAAAGCCCUUGGCCCUGUUCCCAUUUUAUAGGUGAGAAAACUGAGGCUCAGAGAGGUUACAUGGCAUGCUCAAAGUCACAAAACUAUAGCACAGAGUGGGGCUAGGAUUCAGAGUCAGACAGUCUGGCUUCACAGCUUUGCGCCAUCAGGCUGUGCAGCAAAUUUAAUUCGCAAAUACUGACUGACUGCGGUGAACAAAGUGCUGGACUCACCUGGGAGGGAACCAAGAGUUGCUAAACCUACAGCCUCAGUGGGGCAGGCAAGCCAGGAACAGGAGCCUCCAUGCUUCUUUGUUUUAAGUCACCUUAAAUCUGGCUUUACUCUCCCCUCCUUCCCCAGGGUUGGCAAUAAACUCAACCUCAGUCAUGCAGAGGGAACCUGACCCCUCCUGGGAGUUUAUGUGGGGUCUGGGAAACCAAGGGGAAGGGCAGUGCCUGGUACCUCAUCCUGGGGCCCACCAGGGUCACCCUCCCUCCUUUUCUACUCAGUGCUCUCCAACCACUGGACACUGAUGUGUCCUCAGUGCUCAGGGUCUGGUCCUGCAGGCAGCCUGCUGCCAGCGCCAUCCCCUUUUGGAGCUCUGGGGGGACAUGGCCUUGCAUAGGCCGGAAACACCAAAGUUGGGGGUGGAGGACACACACACAAUGCUGCUCUCCUUGCUAAGGGGACUGGGGUGGGAAAAGAAGCUGCUUUGCUGUUUUGGAGGGAGGGAGUCCCACCUUGGCUCUUAAAGGCAGGAUGCACAAGAGCACCUACUAAGAAGUCAGACCGACAUAGUUCAAAACUCUGCUCCAAGGUUUGCACUUAAUAAUCACUUGGUAAUAAGUGGUUAUGCUCCCUGACCUUGAGUAAAUUACUUAACCUCUCUAUGA